ACGCCGCUGUUUGUCAAAUUAGAAUCGAAACCUUUACCAUCGAUGACUAAAGGCGAAGGCGAAACAAGCUGACGGGUUUAUCGAUUUAUUAUUUCCUACUGUUUGUUUAAUCUGCCUUUUUAGUUAAUAUUAUGAUGUAUUUUCUCCAGAGCACGGAUGAUGAAGUUGAGGUGCGUUCGCAGGGGACUCCAGCCAGUUGGAAACAUUACCAGUGGCAACUGUUGGCUGGACAGCAGUGGCUGCCAAUUGAAAAUGACCAUGUGAUCGAGGCCCACUACUGCCAUCCUGGAGCUAAAGAAAUCGCCAUCAACACUUCCUUUGGACGGGUGUUCAUUGACUUCGAUACGCUGCAGACUAAGGGCACAAAUCUAAAGGUUCACAGACUAAGUUUGGUACCCCAGGGCCAAAUCGAGGACGUGGCCUGGUACUUCAGAGAUGACCAGCUGUGGCGUGAAUAUGGAUCCCAGGGCUCCAGCAUGAUGGCGUCAUCAGUCAGCAGUAGAGAUGUUGAGCAUCAGUUCACUAUCAACCCUCAGGGAACCUUCACCUUCAUGGUGGGCUCCAGAGCUUACAGACUCGACUUCUCCACCAUGACCCAAACAAACUCCACCACAGGCUGGUGCAGGAAGGUACGCAGGCGACCAAAAUUUACUUUCAACACUUGGAGCCUUUACUCAGCCUCAGUCCUGCCCUCAGCUUCCUCCUCCCAGCUCGCUGAUGGAAGCUACAGGUGGGAAUUCAUGGGAGGCGAGGGGGGAUGGACAGAAUAUCAAGCACAUAUAUGUCCGUUUGACAGCGCUGCCAUUGAGAGACAAUACCAGCUGAACCCACAGGGCCAGCUACACUUCAACAUCAGGAAAUACUCGUACACGUUGGAUUUUUCAAGAAUGUGUCAGGUCAAUAACAAUGUCGGGACUACAAGACAAGUGAGGAGGACCUUUAACUACGGGAGCCAACAAAGCAGCAGCUCUGGUACGAUGCCAGUGUGGCAGUUUCAAGAUGUGGGUGGAAAAUGGAAAGAUUACUCAAAACAGUGCGGUCAGUGCAGUGUUUCCAGUCAGGACAUUGAGCUCCAGUACCAACAGAACCCAUCAGGAACUAUGCUAUUUACUGCCAGUAACUUUAGCUAUGAGCUGAACUUCUCAGCCAUGACCCAGAGAAACCUGUCCACAAACACCACCAGAUCAGUGCAACGACUUAACCAGUGACAGUUGUAGAGAUAAGGAGUAAACUUUAUGUUGAUUUUACCAGUUUACGUCACUGCCUGCCUCAGGUCGUCUCUCA